UUUCUUUCUUUCUUUCUUGGAGUGAUUUCUGCGCUCUGCCGUGCAGCUUCAGAAGACAAACGAGCGGAGAGGAAACAAGCCGCUUUUACGCACCGCGCUCGCAACGGCCGCUUUAAUAGUUUUCGUAUCAAACGGCGUAUACGGGAAUUUGUGAAUGAAAGCUGCCGAGGAAGAGGAGGAGGCGCAGGUUAAGUGGACGCUGCUUCCAGUGCACGGAUCGCCUGCUUUUAUGCGCAAAAAGAGACGCGUUUUCUUCGCUGUUUCUUCGGGCAGACUUUUGCGCUGUUCUGGGGGGAGCUGCAAACUUUCUUCAUCUUAAAAAAUAAAUAAAAAGCUCGGAUUGCAUUCUUUCCCCCUUCAAACAUUUUGGAGGUGAUGUCAUCGGCCCGCGUUUUGGCUGCCGUUGCGCUGGAGCUCCAGAACUGAGUCCGGGAAAUCAGGUGCAGGGAGCUGCUGCCGCGGGUGGCUGCGAGCGUCUGCCGCUUUCACUUCCCGCAGCAUCUGCGCUGGACCAACAGCCAUGACCGAGCAAGCUCCGCGGUACCCCGAGUCCAGUCUUCACCGCUCCAUCCCCUUCCAGGUGCUCUGCCUCCCGCGGCGCGUCAUUUCGGCUGUAGCGGAUCAGUACUGACAGACGCGUGCGCAUGCACUCUAAGGAAUUAAUCAAGCCUCAUUUGACAUUUUCAGCAGGAAAAGUUACUUGGGCGCAAAGUUUGUUUGUUUUUAUGAGCGGAAACGCCGCUUAGGUGUGGGUCGCGUUUGAACUUCUCUUCACCUGUUUCUCAGACUCCGGAGGAUUGAGCUGCGCCCCGCCUCGCCCCGCCCCGCCGUUAGCCGACCGACCGCGCACCGCAACCAUCCGUGUCGGCUGUGGCGCGCUCACACCCCGCUGACCCCGAGCCGACGGUGAAAACAUGCAGUCCAGCGGGAAAGUCCGCGGACCCUGCAUACAAUCGGAUUAAACGAACCGGACAGACGAGAAGCCGUGACCCGGAGAGCCGUUUCGCAAGCGCGCACGGAGCCACUCGGACGCGGAGGAAGCGAUGUGGGCCUUUCUCUCCACGGUGGCUGUCUUGUAUAUCCAGAUGAUGCUGGUCAUGUGUAAUCCUCUACAGGUGUUUGGAGUGGACGGGGUGAAUUUCAGCGUGCACGUGGAGAAUCAGACGCGCGCACGGGACGCCAUGAGCCGACGGCAGCACCGCGUCUACCAGCUCUACAGCCGCACCAGCGGGAAACACGUGCAGGUGCUCGGACGCAAAAUCAGCGCCCGUGGAGACGACGGAGAUAAAUAUGCCCAGCUCGUAGUGGAGGCAGACACGUUCGGCAGCCAGGUGCGAAUCCGAGGGAAGGAGACCAACUUUUACCUGUGUAUGAACCGCAAAGGAAAACUCGUAGGCAAGAAGGCCAGCAAUCGUAGCGCAGACUGCGUCUUCAUAGAGAAGGUUCUGGAAAACAACUACACCGCGCUAAUGUCUGCGCGCUACACAGGAUGGUACGUGGGCUUCACCAAAAGAGGGCGUCCUCGCCGUGGGCCGCACACGCUUCCCAACCAGCAGGACGUCCACUUUAUGAAGCGCUUCCCACCUGGAGAACAGCCGGACCUGACGCCGUUCCGAUUUACCACCGUCAGCAAGCGGAGCAAAAAAGUCCGCGCCGCACGACCACGCUAACACCGUGUAGUCCGUGUACAUCCCAAUGCUAAGGUUUACAAGAUGAAGCGGGACAAAAACUCAAGCAGGACCGUCUCGUCUUCCUUUCACAGACAAUGAGGGUUGCAUGACUUUUUAAUUCCACUGGGUUGGAGCUACAACCAUAGUACUAAAUAGCUAAUUUCCUGCAGAGCUGUGGUUUUAUGACAGCUUUCUCUCUUCUCUGAUAUGGAGAUGACUAACCAAAGCAGACACAAGCAAAACGGCCGGCCCAGAGCCAGGGCGGAGGAAGAAAAACCCAAAACACAAGCACAGCGGCCUGUGGAUGCAGAGCGGCCUAAGAUUUGGACGUGAUCCCGCUUGAGGGAGAGCAGCAGAUACACCUGAAACAGACACUGAGUGGAGAAACUAAUGAAAGAGAGGCCAAAAAUGAAGAUUCAGGCAUGCGGUGCUCACCUCGCGUCAAAUUAAUUUCCCUUUUUCACCAAACAGUUCAUAGUGAAUGGGUCUAUGCAGCUUUUGAAGGAACCAGAAACACUAUUAUAGCAGUUGCUGUAAUACAUAUAUCAUACUCAAGGCAAGAUCAUCUAUGCAACAGCUUUAAGUGAGGAAUAGACACAAAUUUAAGUUAUUUUUUAAUAAUAAUAAUAAUAAUAAUAAUAAUAAUGAUGAGAAUUAAUAAUAAUAAUAAUAAUAUAAUAAUGAUGAUGAUGAUUAAUAAUAAUAAUAAUAUAAUAAUGAUGAUGAUGAUUAAUAAAAACAAUAAUAAUAUAAUAAUGAAGAUGAUGAUGAGAAUUAAUAAUAACAAUAAUAAUGAUGAUGAUGAUGAUGAUGAUUAAUAGUAAUAAUAACAAUGAUGAUGAGCAUUAAUAAUAAUAACAACAAUAAUAAUAACAGUAAUAAUAAUAAUAAAGAUGAUGAUGAAGAUGAUGAUGGUGAUUAAUAAUGAUGA